GGAUUUUCCUAUUCGCUUUAUCCACACAGUACAUUUGAUGCCUGUUUUUUACAUUAUUUUCUCACUCACAACUAUUUGUUACACAUUACUCAAAAAACACACAUUGUUUGUUUUUGUUUUAAACAUCCUCUGAAUUUGCUGUAUUUUGCUGAUUACAAAAUACUUGUUAGUAGGUUGUGCGGGCCCGGUGAACAAAUAAUGGAGUCAGCAGCGACGAAAAAAGUGUGCUAUUACUAUGACGGUGAUAUUGGGAAUUAUUAUUAUGGUCAAGGGCAUCCUAUGAAACCACAUCGCAUUAGGAUGACGCAUAAUCUUCUUCUUAAUUAUGGUCUUUAUAGAAAAAUGGAAGUUUAUAGACCAUCUAAAGCUUACAGUGAAGAUAUGACAAGAUUUCAUAGUGAUGAAUAUGUCAAAUUUUUAAAGAAUGUUAGACCAGAUAAUAUGCAUGAAUUCAAUAAACAAAUGCAACGCUUUAAUGUUGGUGAAGAUUGUCCAGUUUUUGAUGGACUAUUUGAAUUUUGUCAAUUAUCCGCUGGAGGUUCAAUUGCUGGUGCUGUCAAGCUUAAUAAACGACAAACUGAUAUAGCAAUUAAUUGGGGUGGUGGUCUUCAUCAUGCAAAGAAGUCUGAAGCAUCUGGAUUCUGUUAUGUAAACGAUAUUGUAAUUGGGAUUUUAGAACUUUUAAAAUAUCAUCUAAGAGUUCUAUAUGUGGACAUUGAUAUUCAUCAUGGAGAUGGUGUUGAAGAAGCUUUCUAUACAACCGAUAGAGUAAUGACUGUUAGUUUCCACAAGUAUGGAGAAUAUUUCCCUGGUACUGGUGAUCUAAAAGAUAUUGGUGCUGGUCGUGGUAAAUAUUAUGCUGUUAAUUGUCCCUUGAGAGAUGGAAUGGAUGAUGAAUGCUAUGAACGUAUUUUUAAACCUGUCAUCACAAAGGUUAUGGAAACUUUUAGACCUGGAGCUAUUGUCUUACAAUGUGGAGCUGAUUCACUUAGUGGUGAUCGACUUGGAUGUUUUAACUUAAGUUUAAAAGGUCAUGGGAAAUGCGUUGAAUUUAUUCGUUCAUUUCCUAUACCGCUUCUUCUCGUUGGAGGUGGUGGUUAUACAAUUCGAAAUGUUGCUAGAUGUUGGACUUAUGAAACAUCUAUUGCCUUAGCAACUGAUAUCCCUAAUGAUUUGCCUUAUAAUGAUUAUUAUGAAUACUUUGGACCAGACUUUAAACUUCAUAUAAGCCCUAGUAAUAUGGCUAAUCAGAAUACUAGUGAAUAUUUAGAGCAUAUAAAAACGAAAUUAUUCGAAAAUUUACGAAUGAUACCUCAUUGUCCAAGUGUACAAAUGCAAGAUAUUCCAGACGAUAUUGUGGAUUUUGAUGAAACUGAAGCUGUAGCCAAAGAUCUAGCUGAUCCAGACAAAAGGAUUUCUAUUAUGGCUGCUGAUAAAGCUAUAAUGCCGAAUAAUGAAUUUUUUGAUGACCCAGAAGAUGGUUCAGGAUUAGGAGGAGGUACCAGUCUACGUUCAGGUAAAUCAGCUCCACGUGAUGUUCAAAAUCAUCGUGAUCAACCGAAACGUGCACGUACUGAUGAAGAUAUUAGUUCAACCGGUGCUAAAGUGACUAAUAAAGAAGGGAGUGGGUCUAAGAAACCAGAUUCUAGUGGUGACAAGAAAGAGAAGUUGUAACUUGUUGACUUAAGCAUACAAUAUUCAACUAUUUGAGUUAUGUAUGUAUCGGUUCGAACCCCUCCCGCUGUGCCAUUCAAAGGUGAAACACUUACUUUUAUGCAUAAACGUAUAAGUGGUUUCUGAGCUUCCUUUUUUGUUUUCGUGUUAUAACAAUCAUCUCAACUAUAUACCUCAAUUUUCUACAUAUAUUCUCAACAGUUAUCAUUAGUAAUAAAAGUAUUGGCUAGUUUUUGAUAAUGAAAAUAGUUGUUGAAGUGAACAAUAUACAAAGUUUCAAGUGGAAUGAUAAAACUACAGAUUUUUUUUUUUCGAGCAUUUCUCAGUACCCUUUAAUUUGUUUGUAUGUGUUUGACUAUGUAUAUUUGCGUCGGAGUUAAGGAUACUGACAGAACGGAUGACCAUCACUGAAAAGAAUGAGACUCUGAUAAUCUUUCAAAACAGGAGGCUAGAAUGUUAAGAAGAACACUGAUGUAAAGCAACAGGACCGGACGACAUCUUGAGGUAAUAAAUUACUGAGUAGAGUAACGGAGGUAAUAGAAAUAGCUUGUGGGGAUCAAAUAUAGUCACGACAAACUGGCUUUCACUGAUCAUUCCAGUUUUUAGCAAGGGUGAAAAGUCCUUGUAGUGACUUUAAGGGAAUCAGUUUAACUAAUAUAAUAUCGAGUCCGAUAUUCUAGAAACGAUAGUUAUCCGACGCCUGACUGCAGCUGGAGAAUAACAAACUUGAGAAAACCAGCCAGGUUUCAGAACUGGACAAGGUCGUAUCGAUCAAAUUUUCCCCCUUUGACAGGUUCUGAAACACAGACAUACUUGCCAGCGGCUGACACUUGCCAUAUGUAUUGACCUGAAGGGGGAUAUUUAACUAUGUUGACCGUUAGAUGUCAUGGUAAUGUCUUAAUGUUAAGGGAGUACCGAACAAGUAUGUAAUCCUAAUCAAAGCUCUCUACUCGAACUCAUGUAGUCGUAUUAGGACUUGUGGAGAUUUAUCUGAAUUGACGACAGGUAAGGAUGCUCGAUGUCACCGUUCUCGUUUAACUUCGUUUUAGAUGUAUUAAUGGACAUAACCUUAGAUAUCCCUAACCUCAUUUGGGAGACCAAGUGGUUGACUUAGAGUACAUAGACGACACUAUCCUGUUAAGGUAAAACAUUGACGGGAUGGAAAGUCUUUUGGACUCACCAAGUAAAAAUCUGGAUGUUUGGCAUGCGUUUUGCACUUUUCAAAUGUAAGAUGAUGCUUCAGGACUGAUUUGCAACUAUUCUGAGUUAAAGGAUAGGUGGUAAAAGUGGUACAAUAAGUUAGCCACUUCGAUUAACCCGAACGGACUAGUUACUGACAAAAUCUCAGCUUGGAUACAGAAGACUCGUUUGACAUUUUCGUUCUAACUGAUGCCAUCUCUCUUGUCUACAAGAUGUCAGACUAUCUAUCUAAGGAUGAGUAAAAUGCGCUACAUUCUACCUCAUCCUAUUAUGUGGCAGUGUGACCUGCCCGUUAAAAAUAAAAGAUAUGAAGAGGUUGUCGGUUUUUGACCAGAGGCUUCUUCAUAGGAUUGUUCGCAUAAGAUGGAAUCACCAUGUAAUCAAUGUCAAGCUUAAGCGAAGGUUACUAAGCAGGUCAUUUGGUAAAGAAAUUGUGAAUGUUCAGUGACUGAGAUGACUUGAACAUGUAUUGGGCAUGUCAAAUCAUCACCUACUUUACCUAUCUUAACACAUUGUUAGUCGAAGUGGAAUCUGGCUGAAAGGAGGGUCAGUGUAGUCAAACCACAAACGUGUUACUAAUCUUUAAAGUCCCCUAUAUGUUGGUUUGAGGCGUGUAAACUGCUUGCUUAGGGUCUGUGGGACAAUAGUUGGAGAUUCUUAGUGAUAUCGCCGAAAAUUGAUCACAAUGUCGCAGAUGUAUUCACUCUAACAUCUUUAGCAUAUUUAGACAUUUUCACUAGCACUUCAUCCUCGAGAUCCUUUCACCUCCCGCGGACCUUUGUCUACUAUCUC